GGGUCAGCCCUGGAGAUAAAAAGGAAAUCAGAGGCACGUCUGUGCAGGCAGCCCUUCCUUUUGCAGAUACAGUCAACUCUCCAGCAGAACUACUCAGCUUUAUGUGGAAUACGGACCCCAGAAAAGGACCCUGCCUGUGGACGUGUGACUGCAGCAGGCUUUUCCACCUCAGGCAACAUCAUAUGAUACCAACUGGAUUGUAAAAAUCAGUCGAUCAAAAUAAUCAACGAACCAGGACAAGAAAAGAGCCAAAGCUGGUGACACUGGGCAGAUCUACCUUUGAGAAGUGUUGCCGGUUGCCAUGGGGGAUUCUGCCAUGGACUCCACUCUCCCCCCUCCUGAGAGCGCUGUCCCGGAGGGCACUCUCUUUAGCAUGACUGAUGUGUUCCUCUUCUCACUCAUCGUUGGCCUCCUUUCCUACUGGUUCCUCUUCCGCAAGAAAAAGGAAGAAAUCCCCGAAUUCACCAAAAUCCAGCCAACAACAUCCUCGGUGAGGGAGAGCAGCUUUGUUGAGAAGAUGAAGAAAACGGGGCGAAACAUCGUGGUGUUCUAUGGUUCCCAGACUGGUACAGGAGAGGAGUUUGCCAACCGCCUGUCCAAAGAUGCCCAUCGUUACGGCAUGCGAGGCAUGUCAGCGGACCCGGAGGAGUAUGAUUUGUCUGAUCUGAGCCGCCUCUCUGAGAUUGACAAUUCCUUGGCCGUGUUCUGCAUGGCUACAUAUGGAGAGGGUGAUCCCACGGACAAUGCCCAGGAUUUCUAUGACUGGCUGCAGGAGACUGAUACUGACCUGACUGGUCUCAAAUUUGCAGUGUUUGGGCUGGGCAACAAGACUUACGAGCAUUUCAACGCGAUGGGGAAAUACGUGGACAAGAGGCUGGAGCAGCUUGGAGCCCAGCGGAUAUUUGAGCUCGGCAUGGGAGACGAUGAUGGGAACCUGGAAGAGGACUUUAUCACUUGGCGCGAGCAGUUCUGGCCGGCAGUGUGCGAGCACUUUGGUGUGGAAGCUACCGGAGAGGAGUCCAGCAUCCGUCAGUAUGAGCUGGUGGUCCACACAGACAUCAAUAUGAACAAGGUCUACACUGGCGAGAUGGGCCGUCUGAAGAGUUACGAAAGCCAGAAACCCCCGUUCGAUGCAAAGAACCCUUUCCUGGCACCUGUUGCCCUGAACCGAAAGCUAAACCAGGGCGGAGAGAGGCACCUCAUGCACUUGGAAUUGGACAUCUCUGGCUCCAAAAUCAGGUAUGAGUCUGGCGACCAUGUUGCUGUGUACCCAGCCAACGACACAUCACUAGUGAACCAGAUCGGCGAGAUUCUGGGCGCAGAUCUGGAUAUGAUCAUGUCCUUAAACAACCUGGAUGAGGAAUCCAAUAAGAAGCAUCCGUUCCCCUGCCCCACCACGUACCGGACAGCCCUGACCUAUUACCUGGACAUCACCAACCCGCCGCGCACCAACGUCCUGUACGAGCUGGCUCAGUACGCCACAGACCCCAACGAGCAGGAGCACCUCCGCAAGAUGGCGUCUUCUGCUGCCGAGGGGAAGACGCUGUAUCUCAGCUGGGUUGUGGAGGCCAGAAGGAACAUAUUAGCCAUCCUGCAGGAUGUAUCUUCUCUCCGACCGCCCAUCGACCACCUCUGUGAGCUGCUGCCUCGCCUGCAGGCCCGUUACUACUCGAUUGCCUCCUCUUCCAAGGUUCACCCUCACUCCAUCCACAUCUGCGCUGUGGUUGUGGAAUACGAGACCAAGACAGGCCGGGUGAACAAAGGAGUGGCCACUACCUGGCUGAAGAACAAGGUGCCCAAUGAAAACGGGCACAAGGUGAUGGUGCCCAUGUACGUCAGGAAGUCACAGUUCCGGUUGCCUUUCAAACCCAGCACGCCUGUCGUCAUGAUUGGGCCCGGGACUGGGAUCGCCCCGUUCGUUGGCUUCGUUCAAGAACGAGCCUGGCUGAAGCAGCAAGGGAAGGACGUUGGCGAGACGGUGCUGUACUACGGCUGUCGCCAUGAGAACGAGGACUACCUGUACCGAGAGGAGCUCGCCCAGUUCCACAAGGAGGGAGCCCUCACCCAGCUCAACGUCGCCUUCUCCAGGGACCAAGCCCAGAAGGUCUACGUUCAGCACUUGCUGAAGAAGAACAAAGAGGGGGUCUGGAAGCUGAUCCACGAGGGGAACGCUCACAUCUACGUGUGCGGCGACGCUCGCAGCAUGGCGCGGGACGUGCAGAACACCUUCUAUGAAAUCGUGGCCGAGUUCGGGAGCAUGACCCAGCCCCAGGCCGUGGACUAUGUAAAGAAACUGAUGACCAAGGGCCGCUACUCCCUGGACGUCUGGAGCUAAGCCGGGCUCCCGGGCAGGAGAGAGGAAGGAUUCCCAGGCGGCUGCUGGACGGGAGACGAACGGCACCUGCCCCAGCCAUUGCAAGAACGUGCCACUGAAACAAACCUAACCUUAGACCCCCUCACCUGGUAAUCGCCCUUCUGUGCCCGCCUCUCCCCUCCACUAGACUGCUCUCGAGAGCCCUGCGAAGGGCGGGGACUGCUGGAAUCCCCCUAGGUUUUCUGGGGGAACACGUGUCUCCACUGGGACGGCCGGGCUUGCCCCCGAACCAACAGGAGCCAGGGCUUGACGAACCCCCCUGGCUUCCCCUCUCCUGCAGCGCAAGGCAAGGCCAUUAGCUGGUGGGGCUGCCUGCUCUGGCUGCUGUCUGUGCAGUGAACCAGCUGCAGGACGCUCACCCCCCUCCUCUCUCCAGAGCUGCUUUGUGCUCCUGUGGAAACUGUGACGUGGGGCCACCCUUCCCGUACCCCCCCCCAGCCUAGUCGCAUAGGCCCCAAGGCCGCCUCCUCUCCUAGGGAGCUGCCUUGGGUUUUAACCCGUUCUCUGGAGACAAUCUGGUGCAAGCAGAGGGGCAGCCCAGCUCAGGCAUGGCUGGUGGUGAGCCGGGCAGCAGCAGUGCUGCAGUCCUGGUGAGCCUGGAGCAUGCUGGUGUGGAAAGCGACCCGGGGCUGAGGCAGCGAAUUGGAGAGACGGCCUAGCUCUCUCGUGGGCAUCAGGAGGUCUCCACGGGCCGAGGCCAGGAUCCUGAGCCCCGUGUCUCCCUUGCCCCAUGAGACUUCCAGCACUUGCUGCUUGUUUCGUGGGCAGUGUGACGGGGCAGCCUGCAGCUCUGCUUGGUGGGCCUGGGCCUUGCACACCAGAGUCAGUGCGCUUAGAAAUUCUCCUGUGGCCUGAAACCAGCCCUGGCCAGCUGAGAGUCUGAGACCGAGGCUAGGCCCGCACUGCUGUGAGCGGGGGCUUUGGUCUGGCUAGAGACCUGCUCGCUGAGCCCGUUAGCGCCUAGCGAGAGUUGUGCCAGUGACUCCGACCUGAGCCUGCUUGGUCUGCCACGAAGCUCUCCCCUGGCCAGCCCUGACUCCCUGCUCUGUCCCGUGGGGAGCUGACGCCCAGUGGCUUAAUGCUCAAGUCUCAGCAACGGGGUGACCGGCUCUGUAAGUUCCCAGCCCAGCGCCAGCCAAUCCCUCGGGAAGCCUGGGCCCGAGGACGGCUCACUCCCGGCCAUCACUAACCGCCAGGGACUAGCAAGGCUGCUGCCUGGGCCUUGAGUCUCAUGUGCCAAGAGGUCAGGGUGGGUCAGGGAGAGCGCUUGCCUCCAGUGAGUCUUGUUUCCUUAGUCCGAGGGGACAGGAGCUGGCUGAAGCCACCUCCUGUGAGAGGGGGGAGGAAUUCCGGACACUGGCCUGCAGGGGGCACUGAUGUGCAGCUGCAAUCAGCCCUGGGGAGCAGGGAGACUGACGGGGGCCCCGUGUGCUGGGUUAGUCACAUGAACUGAACCCCCUUCGCCGCAUCCCCACACCCAGUCUUGGGAUCUGUGUUUCCUGUUCUCCCUGCUUGAGACCAGCUCAUGGAAAAGCUCAGCCUGUCCCAUGAAUGUAAAUAAUGUUAGAGAGACUGUCCCCUUGGAAUAAAACAGGGGCUUUAUUUUGCCUCAUGA